AUCGCUGGCGCACCCCAAACCAGCAUAACUAUAUAGUCGGACAGCUGAGCGAUCGCCGGAUCAGUUAGCUACCAAAUAUGAAAUCGGUCACGUUCGUACUCUGCCUGCUCGUGUUGGGCGCCCACUCGCUGCUGGUGUUCGCCGCGGAUUGCAAUUUCGCUGGUCAUAAGUUCAAUGCCGGAGAGAAGUACACUCCGGAAGGUCGCUGCCUGCAGUACACCUGUGCGGGACGCAAUGCGGUAACUGCCGUGGGAUGUCCUGCCGUGGCCUCAUUAAAGCCCUGCAAAAUGGAAGAGGACCUGAGCAAACCCUUUCCCGGCUGCUGUCCCUAUUUCAACUGCUAACAACGCCUUCAACUCGCACUGUAAAUGUAAACAAAUAACUAUGAAAACUAAAUAUACAAUAUAGAACUUUGAAGUAGA